AUGUCGGCGUUGGAUUACUAUGCUGACCCUGAAGUGAAUCUGGCCUCAUUUAUACCGAACGAGGAAUGGGAUGUGAAGUCGUUCAAGAUUUUCCGACAUGAGUACAAGUAUGCGUGUUGUGCUGAACCGUGGGCCGUUCUGCAAGCUUCAUUAGUGAUUCAACGGAAGCCACUUUACUAUAUUGUUAAUUUGAUAAUUCCUACGUCGAUUAUCACUAUCGUUUCCAUUACCGGUUUUCUUCACACAGCAUCAACUGACGACGAUCGUACUGAGAAGAUCAAUCUAGCAUGGUUCUAUCUUUCCAUCAUAAUUAUCGUCAGUAUCGGCACGUUCCUCACCAGCGUCGUGCUCUCUGUUUCAAAAGCUAUGGGCCUGUCAGAUCAAUUUUCCAAUCACGCCGUCGAGAGGUUCAAUACGGGGCGAAAUCCACCGCUCUAUAUUCGAUAUUACUUCUUUGUUGUCAUUCCUUCAUUCAUCUACGUCAGUGUACCACCAGCAUUGGAAACGUUGUGGUCUGAACUCGAUGGUUGGAGCGAUGACCCACUGAACGCAUGGCGACGUCGUCGGCGACCAUCGUCUCCUGCGCUCCAGAAAAAUCAAGUGGAUUCAUUGUGCGUAGAUCGAACGCCUAUAUCUCCACCUCCUCUGGAGCGGCAGUCAACGCUACGAAUUCCUCGGUCCGGUCUGGACCGAUUCAGUUCAUUCCAAAUGAUCGACAUUUCAGUGCCACCGUCGCCCGCGGUGUCACGAAUCUCUCGGACACCAUCAACAGCACACUCGCAAAAACCCACAUUGUGGGAGGGUACAAUCAGUGCCUUAGCGGGUACCAACACGCAGCUACGUCGUACGUCAACUGCCUUUACUAAAGAAGUAGAUACUAUGCGAAGAAAGCGACAAUGCUCGUUGGAAUGGGAGUUCCUCGCAACAGUUCUUGAUAGGUUUCUACUCUUGCUGUUCAUCUCAGCAGUGGUGUUGAUCACGAUGGGUCUGGUCGUGGUUGGUAAAAUGGCACAAUUUAGCUACGAUCAUCCAGAUGAGGCAUUCUUUUGA